AUGAACGAAGAAAUUCGGGAAGUAAGGAUUCGAUACACCCUGCUUAUGGCAGAUGACACAGGCGUGUUUCACAACACCCCUAAAGAAGUAAGACAACUUAACUCGUCCUUCUUCCAGACUGGCAGUGUUCAAUUAACUGCAGCGUUUAGUUGCGUUGAUUUUACAGGAUUAAUCAAACUGAUUUAUUUGGAGUUGAAAGGACUAUCGAUGGUGACAUUGCUCGCCAAUAUUCCCCUUGGGUAUUUUAUGGGAUGGUUGUUUAAGAAAGCGUUUGGACGUAAAGACAAGGAAAAGGAACAACUGCUCUUGCAGUUAAAACAGUAUCAGAAACUUUAUAUGAAAAUGGAGAGGACGCACUUGCAGGAUAGACGUGCAAGAAUAGACGCCAGAAAUGACUUGGGCCGAGCAAAUGCCAGGCUCCAAAGAAUGGAGAGAGGGUACAAGAAGUUGGCCUCGACAAGUGUUGAAACAUCAGAAUUAGGAAAGCAAUCGGCAAGAGCUCUGUAUGAAGAAAAGCUCUCAGUGACACCUAACAAUAAGAAUUCUGUCAAAUCCGAGCUCUCUGUGGUGUCUGACAGUGAGAAAUCUUUCAGAGUGGAGCUGGCCAUGACAAAGGCGAAGCUUAGCAUUAUGGACGAUAAACUGUUAAAUUCUGCCAAAGAGCUGGCUUCAUGGAAGGAUAAGGCUUCUGAAGAAGAAAGGGAGCUGACAGAGGCACUGAACGAGCUGGCAUCAUUUAAGAAUAGAACUUCUGAAAAAGAAAGGCAGUUGACUGAAGCGCUGAACGAGCUGGCGUCAUGGAAAGAUAAAGCUUCUGAAAAAGAAAGGCAACUAGCCGAUACGUUGAACGAGCUCUCUGUGGUGUCUGAUAAUGAGACUUCUGUCAGAGUGGAGCUGGCCUUGGCAAAGGCGAAGCUUAGCAUUACGGACGAUAAACUGUUAAAUUCUGCCAAAGAGCUUGCUUCAUGGAAGGACAAAGCUUCUGAAAAAGAAAGGGAACUAGCAGAGGCACUGAACGAGCUGGUCUCAUGGAAGAAUGAAGCUUCUGAGAAUGAAAGGCAAUUGGCAGAUGCGUCGAACGAGCUGGCCUUGACAAAGGCGAAAUUGGACGUUGUGGAAGACCAACUGUUAAACUCUACAAAGGAGAUGACCUUGUUACAUGAACAGAUUUUGAACAAGGACGAGGAACUGGCAGUGAAAGACAACAAGGUUUCUUCAUUAAAUGAGGACAUUCGGGAAAAAGAAAAGGAACUCGCGGUUGCAAACAACAAGGUUUCUUCAAUGAAUGAGGAUAUUCAGAAAAAAGAAAAGGAACUCGCAUUGGCAAACAACGAGGUGACCUCACUACAUGACCAGUUUGUGAGAGAGGUGAAGGAAAUUGAGAUCGCAAAGAAGGGGAUUUUUUCACUGAAUGAGGCACUUCGGAAAAGAGGAAAGGAACUCAAAUUAGCAAACAACGAGGUGGUUUUACUGUCAAACAAGCUCAGUGCGAUGAACGAAAUGGAACUGUCAUUAAGAGCUGAGUUAUUGAAAGCUAGAGAAAAGGACUGCAAGGAGUGUAAGGGAUUACGUAAGAUGUAUCAAGACUUGAUGUCGGAUUAUGAAAAUCAGGACAAGUUCAGGAGAAUUCAACUAAACAAAGUGAGACUACAGACUGAUGUGUAUUUGCAAGUGGCAAAUGACCGUAAAUGGCAAAAUGACAUUCUCCGAGAGAGGUACGUUAUAAAAUGCGCUUACAUUUAG